AUGGAGUCUUUUUCGAGCAUUGUGUCCUUGACAUACGCUCGCAGGCGACAAGCCUCAUCUCCAUUGCAGACAAGCUGCUCCACAAAGCACGAACUCAAUGGAGUCUUUUUCGAGCAUUGUGUCCCUGACAUACGCUCGCAGGCCACAAGCCUCAUCUCUAUUGCAGACAAGCUGCUCCACGAAGCACGAACUCAAUGGAGUAUUUUUCGAGUAUUAUGUCUCCGACAUAUGCUUGCAGGCGACAAGCCUCACCUCCACUGUAGACAAGCUACUCCUCGAGUACAAACUUCAUGGAGUCUUUUCAAGCGUCAUGUCCCCGACAUACGCACACAGGCGACAAGCCUUACCUCCAUUGUAGGCAAGCUACUUCACGAGUACAAACUCAAUGGAGUUUCUUUCAAGUGUUGUAUCUCCAGAUAUACACUUACAAGAUAUAAUGAGAAUUGA